GGGGGCAUAAACGCAAGCCCUCGUCCCGUCGUGGGAAGGAGUGUGAGCGCUUCUUCUCUACUCCUCUAGCAGAAAACCUAAAUUUCUUUCACAAUGGGCACCUUCCGCAACGCUUUGACUGAUGCCGACCAAGAAUGGAUCCGCAAGCAAAAGGUCUUCUUCAUGGCAUCGGCACCGCUGGCCAAGGACGGCCACGUCAAUCUGUCGCCGCGUGGCUACGACUCGCUGCGUGUCCUCAACGCCAACCGCGUCAUCCACCUGGACGGUCGCGGCAGCGGCUGCGAGACGAUUGCGCAUUUGCGCGAGAACAAGCGCAUCACUUUGAUGCUCUGUGCCUUCGAAGGCUCGCCCAAGAUCAUGCGUCUGUUUGGCACCGGCAGAGUCUACGAGCCAGGCACGCCCGAGUUUGACACGCUGUUCGAGGAGCACUUUAGCGAGCAGUGGAAGGACCCAGCAAAGUUCAAGUUUGUGCGCUCCAUUAUUGACGUCCAGGUUGAGAUGGUUGGACAGUCGUGCGGAUUCGCUGUGCCGUUCAUGGACUACAAGGCGGAGCGCGAGACACUGGUCAAGGUUUAUGCAGAAAGGUCUGAGGAACUUGCACUGAAACGCCGUAUCGAGAACAACACACUCAGCAUCGAUGGGUUGCCAAGCUACCUCAAUGGUACCGACCCUGGCAACACUACCAAGAUAAGGCUGAUGGCCAUGGUGGAUGCCGCCGCACCCUGGCUCGGAGGAAUUGCACUAGGCGCUGCUGCUGCUGCUGCAGUCUUCAAGAACUACCAGUAUUUCACGUGCCCCCUUCUCCGCCCCCGAGGCAAAUUGCGUCUGAACUUGCAGGCGUGCGGUAAUAAUCCCCAGUGGUGACGAUUUUGUUGUUUUUUGGGGGUAUGAGAGAGCACAAACACGGGUCGGGGCGUCGCUUUCAGGCGCGCAUUCAAUCACCCUCUCCUGCGCUUAUACAAAAAGGCCCACGUCGUUUUGUUGGCUGUUUGUACGCCAG